CCCCACCACAACACAUAUCCGUUAGAAGCCCAGAGAAUAAACACAACAAUACUCCUUCAUUCUAGGCUUCUACAACUGAACAUUGUCUACCCUUAGCAGAGUUUCAGAAUUAAAGUGACAGAGUCCACAAAAAUACACUCACUUUAGUAUAAUCCUCAAAACACUGAAGCAACUACAGCAGGUUUUCUGGGCACAAAUAUCAAUGCAGACCACACUGAAAUCAUUGUAAUGUCUCGAGAAUCAAGCCCUGAACUUCUUUUAAACAAACCCUUUAGCUGGCUCAAGAACACCAAGAGUUUGAAAAAAUUUAUUUUCUCUAUGAAACUUCAGGAUCUUCAAUUUAAUGACAAUCUUGAUCAGCCCAAGAAAGGAAAGAUUCAAAAUCUUGAUGACCCAAAUCAUUUUUCUGAUGAGAUUCUUCUGCAAAUCAUGUGUAGAGUGCCACAAGAUUGUAAAGAUGCAAACUUUCUUGUUUCUAAGCAGUGGCUCAGUCUUCAAGGCCGUCUUGUGAGGUCAGUGAGAGUUCUUGAUUGGGAGUUUCUUGUGUCAGGUCGUUUGUUUACUAGAUUUCCUAAUCUUGUGCAUGUUGAUUUGGUUCAUGGGUGUUUUGAUUCACCUCAAAAUUUGUGUGUUUUGUUGAAUCUUGAUGUUGGGUCUUUUCACGUAGAUUUGGAUUAUGUGAAUUGUGGGUUGUGUGUGUUAUCUGCUGAGGAGAUAGAUUUAGGGUUGAAAGUUUUGGCUAAUGGGUAUACUAAUUUGAGGAAAUUGGCUGUUGUUAAUGCUAGUGAAAUGGGAUUGUUGAGUGUUGGUGAAGAGUGUUUAAUAUUGCAAGAACUUGAAUUGCAUAUGUGUAAUGAUAGGGUUUUGUUUGGGGUUGCAGCGUUUGGGAAUUUACAGAUAUUGAAGUUGAUUGGGAGUGUUGACGCGGUUUAUAAUGGUUUGGUUUCAGAUGUUGGGUUGACUGUUUUAGCUCAAGGCUGUAAGAGAUUAGUGAAGCUAGAGUUGAGAGGAUGUGGAGGGAGUUACGCUGGGAUUAAGGCUAUUGGGCAGUGUUGUCAUAUGCUUGAAGAGUUGAGUUUCAGUGAUCAUAAGAUUGAAGAUGGGUGGUUAUCUGCUCUUUCGUACUGUGACAAUCUGAAGACUUUAAGGUUUGUGUCGUGUAAAAGUAUUGAUCGGUCUCCUGGGAUUGAUAAGGGCAUGGGUGUUUGUCCGGCACUAGAGAGGUUGCAUAUGGAGAAGUGCCAGUUAAGGCAGAAGCGAAGUGUUAGAGCUUUGUUUCUUUUGUGUCGGUUGGCAAGGGAGCUGGUCUUUAAGAAUUGUUGGGGAUUGACUGAUGAUAUAUUUGGCACCGGGAAUAUAUGCAGGAGGGUUAAAUCUUUGUCACUGGAAGGAUGCUCAAGGAUUACUAUAGAAGCAAGUCUUGUCGGAACUGGCAUGGGAAAAAGAGGCAAAUUUUUCAGGAAAAAAUGAGAUCAUUCAGAAGUUGUCUGCUGCUUAGCAUCCAUGCCCCUUCACUUUUUGGUUAGUGUGCUGUUAUUCUUUCUUCAAGAAUUUUUCUUCCACCAAGAUGAUAAUUGCAAACCGUCUGUAAAAUUGUACAUGUUGUACUGUAAUAUUAUUCCUCUUCCAAGUAAAACCCCAGUACGUGAAACACCAUUGCUCCUUAAUCUCUGUUAUGGUCUUUAUAUGUAGCAUUCUCUAUGUAUCAUUUUACUCGUCCAGCGGUUAAAAAGCGCUAAACGUGUUAAAAACAUAUUAUAAUUCUGGCCGUUGGAUGUAUCCAACGUUGUAUAAGAGGUCCGUUGCAUACACGUGCCGGGACCAGGACCCGGACCCUUCUGUUAUAUAGUC